AUGGCGUUCGACCUUCCCCCGAGCCAGGGGGUGCGCGUGCUUGCCAGGAGGACGUGGCUCGAGUUCGGGGGCCUCGAGAAGUACGCCGCGGACGUGCCCGUGAGGCUGGUGCUCUCCGGCCUAAGGGUCUGCAGAGGGCCCCUGGACUCGGUCCUGGAGCCCAUCCAGGAGAGCGGGGCGUCCCAGGACGAGCCCCCCCCGCCGCACGACGGUGGGGCGCCGCAGGAGGAGGAGGAGGAGGAGGAGGCCAGCGCCUCCGAGGACGGCUGGGCAGAGGACAGCGGGAGCUCGAGCUCGAUCUACACCUCCGCCAGCGGCCAGGCGGCCGCCUGCUACCACCCGGCGGUGCAGUACAGUCCACUUUGCUGCAACACCAUCCAGCGCGCCGCCGACAUAUGGUAUGAGCUGACCAACAAAGAUGUUAUUGUUGAUCGGGGCUCAAGUGCGGAACAAGUUGGCAGGCGUCAGUGUGCGCAGAAGGUUGACGAGUACAUGUGCAUCCCCUUUGGAUACGAGAGUGGCAGGUUGCAGCUGAGCGCGGCGUGUGAGGCCAUGGAUAACGCGGACAACAUGGCGAAGUGCUGCGAGGGCAGGCACCCCGAGAUCGUGGUGGCGAAGGAAAUGCUCAUGAACAAAAAGACAGAGAAGCAGAUGCUUGACUGGAUGGAUCAGAUAUGUAGAUAUCAAUUGAAGCAGUGCCCGACAGUCUAUGGCGGAAAUAUCAAUGAUAAUGCAGGUGAGCUCACGGCCAUGGACACGGAGGUGCUGGACGGCUAUGGCACGGAGGAUAAGACGGCGGUCAACAGCCUGAACCAGGUGAUGAAUGCCUGGCAGUGUACAAGGGCAUCGGAGGGAUGUAUGAUCAGUAAGCACGCGAUAGACAAGGCGGGCGGGAAGGCGUUUGUCCUCGAAGGCCGUGCUUCUGUCCUGGGUCUGGCCGUGGGGCCCGAGGCGCUGCAGGAGGCCGUGCAGCUGUCGAAGGCCUCGGCGAGCGGCGCCGGCAGUGUGCCCCUGGCGGGCCCGCAGGGCAAGAGGAACAGUGGUCGCGCGAUCAGCAAGAGGCCAGUGGUGGACAAGGCCGCCGCCGGCCAGCCCGACGCCCCGUCGCCGCGGCCCACCUCGGCGCCGCGCGGCACGCCGGCGGGCGACGGCGCCCCGCGGCUGCGCGACUCGCCGGAGGCGCCGCCCGCGGCGAGGCCCCGCAGGAAUCUCAGACCCGAGCAAGAGGCAGGCCGAGAAGAUUCCAAACAGCCUGCCGAUCUGGGUGCACACUGCUUCGGGCACGGGGCGUUUGCGGAGGCGAUGUGCCGCAUUGCCUUCGCCUACCUCCAUUUCUCCGGCACCGCGCAGCAGCAGAGCAUGGGGAGCCUCGGGCGCGCCACGUGGCUGAUCGCCUACCUCCGCUCCAGUCUCCAGUACUUCGGCCGCCUCGGGCCGGAGCGGCUGCUGCAGCGGCCGCGGGGCUGCCCGCUGCGCUCGCUGCUGGCCGCCAUGCCCCCUGAGGAGUGCGGCGGCUGCCCGCGCGAGGCGCUCGCCGUGGACCUGCCCCCCGCCACCGUGCGCCACGGGGUCGGCCCCGACGACGCCGUGGUGAGAGCCACGACCCGGAGCCUCAGGAGGAGCUCCACCUCGAAGACGGUCGACAGGUCUGGCGGUCAGCGAAGGCCAUCGGCGCUGCUCUCGCAGGUCGCCUCGGAAACAGGGGCCCCGCCCGGCGGCGCGCCGCACGCCCCCCCCGGGGUCGGCGUGCUCGACGCCGUGCCGCCGGGCCUGCUGUCCGAGAGCGGGGAUGACUCGGACUCGAGCUCCAGCGCGACGUCGUCGUGCGGCCAGUCUGGCGUGGACGUCGAGGCUACGUUCUCGAUGACGAUCUCAUCAGCGCCAAGGAAACGUUCGAUGAAGGUGCGGGCCGCGGACACGGGCGGGAGCCUGCUGCUGGGCGCCGGCCGCGUCGACACGCACGGCAAGGUGCGGAGGCCGAGCCGCCAGCUGAGCAUCGUGGCCCUGGACUCGCUGUCGCCGUGGCCCCCCGUCGGGUCCGCCUGGAUCGAGGACGGCGUUUGGCAGGCUGUGCGAGGCGGACCUGAGCACCACUCCGUGGGGGCGAGCCACAUGUCCCGGCUGCUCGGUGGUGGACGUCUGCAGGUUCCAGCGGCACCCGUUCAAGCCGCUCCUGCUGGACUGGCAUCCCGACAUACCUGCCUCCAAAGUGGUCCCGCAAGCAGACGAGCCUCCGCCGACAUACCAGGCGAUCGUUCAGUUGCCUCCGAUGGGCAAGAGGGCUGGACUUCGGGGAGUGCCGGUUCCGAAGAUGGUCGCCAUCUCGGCGGCUUUCAAGCAGGGCGGCCUUGA